GCUUCUACUCAGUAGCUACGCAGAACUCGUGCUGUUAAGUUUAUCUUGUGCUUCCUCCCUGGGAAACUUACCGUCAGCUCCGUGUACUAACAAAUCUCACUGCAAUAUGAAGGAGAGAAGGACUCCCCAGCCCGCUGUGGUCAGAUGCAAGUUGGUAUUAGUGGGGGAUGUGCACUGUGGGAAGACUGCCAUGCUGCAAGUGUUGGCUAAGGAUUGCUACCCAGAGACUUAUGUACCUACUGUAUUUGAAAACUACACAGCCAGCCUGGAGACAGAGGAGCAGCGUGUGGAGCUCAGCCUAUGGGAUACAUCAGGUUCCCCCUAUUACGAUAAUGUCAGGCCACUCUGCUACAGUGAUUCUGAUGCAGUUCUGCUUUGCUUUGAUGUUAGUCGACCAGAAAGUUUGGAUAGUGCCGUAAAAAAGUGGAAGACUGAAGUAAUGGACUAUUGCCCCAGUACAAGAAUACUUCUAAUUGGCUGCAAAACAGAUCUUCGUACUGACCUCAGCACAAUCAUGGAACUGUCCAAUCAGAAGCAGGUUCCCGUCUCUUAUGAGCAGGGUUGUGCUGCUGCUAAACAGCUUGGUGCAGAGAGCUAUCUGGAGUGUUCUGCUUUCACAUCAGAAAAAAGCGUUCACAGCAUAUUCCGAGCUGCAUCAUCAGUGUGUCUGAGCAAGCCUUCUCCACCCAGUCGCAGAAGCCCAGUGCGUAGUCUAUCGAAGAGACUGUUAAAUAUACCCAGUCGUUCUGAGAUAAUUUCUUCGACUUUUAAGAAAGAGAAGGCCAAGAGCUGUUGUCUUAUGUAGGACUGUGCCUGGAGUACAGCAUGUGGACUCUUGUAUCAGACUCCGGACAUUUCCUUGCAUUCUAGAUCACCGUUGGAAGACUAGCAGGGUGGGCCCUGGGGGUGACGUUUAUGGAAUCUAUAACCUCACCCCCAGGAUUGAGCUGGCACAGAGGCUUGGAAAGAGAAGGGCUGAAGAAAAAGAUUUGCACAAAGACUGAUUUCACAUGAAGGAGGAAAUAUAAACCAGAAACGUGUGGGCAGUGUGUUUUAGUGACCACAUAAAAGCUGCUUUUAAUAGUUAUCCCGUCCCAUACCUUUUUGGUAAUGUCCAUGGACUUGCCAGAAAAAUCAUUGCAGUGUUAACCCUGGUACUUUUUUGCCUGUACGCUACUGUAUAGGUCGCAGCUACUGGGAAAGCCAAUGGGCAAAAGUGUCAUCUUCCCGUUCCUUGGGCUGUAAGGACUGUAAAUUAUUUUUAUUUUAUUUUUUAUCAACUGUCUGUAUGUGCUUGAUCUGUAAUACUAAAUUUAUUUAUUGAAAAUGUCAAAUGACAUCGUUUUCAGAGCCUCUUGAACCUAGGAUAAUCUUGUUUUACACUUAUCUUCUUGCAAUUCUACUACUGUACUCAAGUCUGAGUGUAAUCUUGUUUACAACUGCUGGUGUUUGGUUAGUGACCAGUUUGUCAUGCUGGAUUAUGCGACUCACAGUUCACCAGCAGUAUCAGACAUAUUCAUCAUAACGGCAAUAGCAGGUGGUGACGUGUGUUGCCAUUUGGCAAAUAUUUCAUUGCAAUUUCAAAAGUGCGUUCAAUCGGCAAAUAAAUGAAUUGGCCCAAUA